CCCGUUCCCUUUAUUAAUUUAUUUAAACAUCUUAUCAUCGUUUUUCUCUCUCUGUUGAAUUUCUUUUUAUAUUGUUUAGUGGAAGGGGCAAAAAGAAAAGAUGGGAGCUUUGUUUUUUUUUUGGUUACGGCCGUUUGUGAAUUCUUCUUACCUUACUGUGGGCUAAAAACAAAAUCUUCUCUCUCACACAUUUCUAGUUUCAAUCUAAAAAGAAUAUGGGAAGCAGAAUCUAGGGUUUGAAAACACCAAUUCUAACAAGGUCUUGUUUUCCCUUUGUUUCAUUUGGUUUCAAUUCUGCUGCAAGAAAGUUUGAAUUUUGACGGACGGGUCUUUCUUUUUUUCCUUUAAAGAUCUAGUUUUCCUGUUGAACCUUGUUGUUUUGAUGAUAUGUUUUUGUUUAGUUGAUCUUUGGUUUGGAUAAUUAGGGUUUUUUUUGGUUUUGGGGUUGAACAUGGAGGAGGUUGAGGAAGCUAACAAGGCAGCAGUGGAGAGCUGCCAUAGGGUUUUGAGUAUUUUGUCUCAGCCACAAGAUCAGAUUCAAUACAGGAAUUUAAUGGCUGAAACUGGGGAGGCUGUUUUUAGGUUCAAAAAGGUGGUUUCUCUUUUGAACUCUGGUUUAGGACAUGCAAGGGUGAGGAAACUGCGGAAAUUACAAGCCCCUCUUCCCCAGAGCAUCGUUUUGGACAACCCUCACCACAGGACUUUGCAGCUUGGUGGUCACCAUGAAAGCUCAGCUCAAGAAUUGAGUUCACAUGCCAAGAAUUCUCUUUAUUUUGGAACCCCAUCUUUGGAAUUGAGCUCAAAUGGGAAAAACCUUCAGCAACUCACCGAACCAGCUUCGUCGGGGCAUUACCAUUUCCUCCAACAACAGCAACAGCUUCGACAGAGGUGGCAGCUCCAACAGCAACAAAUGAAACAUCAAGCUGAGAUGAUGUUUAGGGGGAGUAAUAGUGGCAUUAGCUUGAAUUUCGAUAGCUCUAGCUGUACGCCCACCAUGUCGUCUACUAGGUCUUUUAUUUCUUCCUUGAGCAUAGAUGGUAGUGUAGUCAACUUGAAUGGUGGGGGUGCCUUCCAUUUCAGCGGGGGUUCUCGUUCCUCGGACCAAGGUUCCCAACACAAGAAGAAGUGUUCCGCUAGGGGAGGGGAGGGGAGUGUCAAAUGUGGGAGCAGCGCUAAAUGCCACUGCUCGAAAAAGAGGAAACAGAGAGUAAAGAAAUCAAUCAAGGUGCCUGCAAUCAGUAACAAGCUUGCUGAUAUUCCUCCCGAUGAUUAUUCAUGGAGGAAGUACGGACAGAAGCCAAUCAAGGGUUCUCCUCACCCUAGGGGAUACUAUAAAUGUAGCAGUAUGAGAGGUUGCUCUGCAAGGAAGCAUGUGGAGAGGUGCUUGGAAGAGCCAUCCAUGCUUAUCGUUACCUAUGAAGGUGAGCACAACCACCCAAGGAAACCAUUGCAAUCGACGGCGACAUAGUAGUCUUUGGGGGAAAACUGCUAAAAGAUCCGCUUUCAGCCUAGUUAAACAGUUGGCUUGAUUUGCUCCGGUACAUAUCUUGCACGGUUCGAGCAUGGGAUACAUCGGAGAGGUUCCUGGUUCUUUCCUUCCAUUUUUUCUUCCUUGUCAGCAAAAGAAAAUUGUAGAAUUGGGGGGGGGGGUUAGAACUGUAAGUACUAUUUCAUCUUUCAUUGCAAUGAAUGGUGGAAAGGGGAUUGAACUUUUGGAAUUUAAUGGAAAAAUAUCAUCAAUGAAAAAUGCUU